CUGAGUGAUACAGGGGACUGUCAGCUUGGAUAAACUAACAAUUCCAAUAGUUUCCAACAUCAUUUGAAUCACAUCACAUCAAGUAAAGUAAGCCAGAUGGGAGGCUGAAUACUGGAGUCAGAAGUGAAGCACAGCUGGAGGAGAUUUCAGAGGAUUCGGAUUUGAAGACACUCACUGAAACAACGAAAAUAAUGGCAUCAUUUCUCACAGUUGUAAUGGUCACAUUCUUAACAUGUUAUCAAUGUGGUGUUGGAACAUCAGAAAGCACAACUUCAAUGUCAUCUGGUUCUCCUGUAACUAGUGCAACUACAUUGUUAACCACUGGCAUCACAACCUCAACUGGUAUGACAACAUCUUCAAACAAAACCUCAUCCACCGUUUCAUCAACUAUGAAUGCUACAAUGUCUGUAAUGGCCAGCAACAGCAUGGAUGCUACAGCACCAGCCACCAGCAGCUCUCUAAGACCCACUUCAAGCAAAAAUAAUUUAUCCACUUCCGAACCCAGUAGCAUUGGAACCCCUGCUAAUACUUUCAUGACAACCACUAAAGGCUCAACUACACUAACAACACCAGUAAAAAACACAGAUGACCCUAAUGGGACAGUGUCUACAACUGCAAGACAUCACAGCACGUUUAACAGCACUACAGAAUUAAUGCCUACUACUGUACUAAACACCAGUGAUGUGACAGCAAACGCUAACAUGACUACUGCAAUGACCACAGGCCAAGCUAAUGCUACAGCUGCCACAGAAUAUACUACCGUAGGAAACACAACAGUUACAACUUCUGUACCAACAAUAUUCAGCAACACAUCAACAGCUGCCCCUGGUAACAAGACAAACGUUACUUCUGUAACAUUAGCUCCACUUCCGAACACUUCUUACCAUAGUUUGACAAGAAGUCCAACCGUUGCAAUAACAACCACUAAUUCCAGCAUUAGUACAACAACUGGCACAUCUUCCGAUGUAUCAACUGUCAAUGGGAAAGAUCUAAUCCCUGUGGAGGGGAAAGUUACCGGAGGUGUGGUAAUUGGGGCCAUCCUUGGCUGCAUUUUGGGAAUCAUUCUCCUCUCGUUUCUUGUUUAUUUUCUCUGUACACGCAGAAAGUCAGAUCACUUCAAUCAUCGCAGGCUGUACGAUAAUAUAUCUAGUGAUCCAGUUCUGCAUCUGCACCAUACAGAGGAUGCUGUUGAUUUAAGGUGCCAAGAAGGAGCAGCAUACUACAACCCUGCUGCUUUGAUUGAAGCACUGCCUUACAAUGCAGGUCAGAUGCAUGACCCAAAUUAUGAGAUUCAGAUGGAUGACUUACCACAUUCAUAUGGAAAUGUCGCAUAACCCAACUGACAUCUCAAAUGGUUUGGCAGAAAGAAAGUGAACAGAGACCUUUCCACAUCAGGAGUAGCAUCAAAUGGGUUAGAACUGGAAGGAUGUGAUUUUUUUUUGUUGAAAAAAAGCUACUGUGGAGACAGAAAAAUACUUGGAAUUGCACUUACCCCAAAUAGCCAUAAAAAUGGCGAAGAAGACAGUGCCUCCAUUGUCAAAUAAAUGUGUUAGCUAGAGGGAGGGAAAGAAUGGAAAUGCUAAAUAUCUUGUUACACAGACAGCCCAUAACUAAUACACAAAUAUUUGGAGCAUCAUCUUGUGUUCAUUUUAUACAAACUGAAUUUCCACAAAAAGCAUUUUCAACUUCAGUAAUGACAUGUUGAGAAAUAUUCUUAAUAAAUUAAUGCUUCAACAUUCCAGUUACAAUAUGAUGUACAUUACGCACAGAUUUUCACAUAGUAACACAAAUUUAAGGUCUUUAGGUCAUUUAAAUUCAAUGACGAUAUUGGUCCUUUGGUGUCAACAAUCAUUCAUUUAUAUUCCAUGUUUGUCACUAUUGUCACUCCUAUUUGUCUUUAUAACUCCCAUUUUUUUACUUAUCUUUGUCAGAUGCAGAUGGUGACUAUUGUGGAAAAGUUGAGAUACAUUGAGUGGAAUGACACUCAGGAUUUUAGAAAGAGAAAUAUAGCUUAUUGGCUUUGGAACCAGGUAGCUGCAGGUACAACAAUUUCACACGUGUGUAUCAUUGCCAGGCCGAGGUCUGACAUGCUUGAUCAAUUAUUCUUGGAAUAACUUGUUUUAUGACUCGAAUAAAGAGUGCUCUUUGGUAUCAUGGCCACAUUCCAUUUAAUAUCCUACUUUUCAUGAGGUUCCACAAGGUAGACAGCAUUGAAACAAUCACUCAUGAAUAAGGUCACCUUGUUGGCACUUUGAACAUGCCAUUGCUCCAAUUUCAAAAUAUUCCAGCACCUGCUUUAAAAUGUUCAUUUUUUGCAGCAGUGCUGUUUGAUGCGAAAGAUUUCUCUUCCGCGACUAGCUUAUACUUACAUUAACCUACCCUGACUUGGUGAGAGAUCACGGAAAAGAUGUCAAGCGAAGGUCAUGCAGAAAGGAGGAAGGGAGAGAGAAGGGAAAGACGACAGAUUGAAAGGGAUAGAGGAAUGGAGGUCAGACACCAGGCCAAGCUGCCCAGUAACCACAUCACAGGGUGAUAUUAGCAAAGUCGCGAGUGCAAAUCCCCCAUUAAAAUCAUCUUGGGUGGGGGUGGUGUAAGUUUGUUGCAGAAUUUGUGGACAGGCAAAAUCAAUAAAUGAUAGGGAUAAAUCAAGUCUAAACACAAGUAUUCCCUGCAACUUUUGUAGAUCCUGUAAUUGCUUAUCUAUGGAAUAAGUUUCAUUAUUUGUUUGUCUAUGAUAAAAUCAAUUAAAAGUGUGAAAUGCGGGAAUUGUAAAGACUUCAAUUACUUUCAAUGCUUUGCUGAUUUUUAUUAAAGUAUUUUAAAUAUU